AUGGCGGCCGUGGCGGGGCCGGGGUGCGGGCGGCGGCGCGGCGGCUCAUCGGCUGCGCUGGGCGCGGCGCGCCACGACUACUCGGUGCGACGAGGCGUGGAAUAGGCAACCACGUGUAACCUGCCUGGUGGUCUGGCCACCCUCGCCCUGCUUGUCUACCGUCGCAGGAACAAGAGGAGAAUUAUGCGCAUCUUCACCCUGCCCCCAGCCGCCGAGACGCCGCCCGAGCCCAACUUUUACGACAGCAUGAAGAAGAUCCGCCUGCGGCAGCAGCUGGAGAUGUACUCCAUCGCGAGGAAGUAUGAACAGCAGCAGCAGCCACCAAAACAGACUGAAAGCGUACAGCUCUCAGUGGAAUGAAGCCCACAAUUAUAGGAACUCAGGAUAUGUAUCCAGUGCUGAUUAUAAGAGUCAGUGCGGAGCUAUAUUCAAUGCCUCUUGAUUGAUACAUAUGUGUAGGCAAGGGGGAAAGGAAGGGGACUCUUCCUAAAACUUUGUUCUUAGUAGCUGUUUGCUGAGUCCUCGUGAGGUAAACUGAGUGCCUACUGAAAAAUUCAGCAUGAAGGUACCCAAAACAGGGCAGACCUGCUCAGAGAAGCCUCUGAGGGUAGAGAAGUGUAGUCUUACCAGUGAUUAAAUUAUUUCUCUCUCUGCUAGCACUGUGGAAAUCAGCACCUACCUUCUCUGGCAACAGCACCCUAGAGAAAGCAAGGCAGUAUCUAUCUGCCUGGAAACCCUUGUGUUCCUUGAUAAUGGAUUGUUGAAUUUGUUGAAUGCAGUCAGUAAGUGUGAAGACACUGUGGCCUUACUGCCUGAAGGUGAACAGCUUUGAGAGCCCCGAGUGUCGCUGGUGGUAGUGCAAAAAGGUUCUGCUCUCUGUUUAUUUGGAGGUUGCGUAUGCAAUACUGUGAACCUUUCCUGGAGAAACUUCGAGAAGUACACAGAGCUACACAUCUAGAUGACUCUUAAAGCCAUUACUAUAAUGUUAAUAGCAAAGGUGAUUAGGUUAAUUUAGUCAAAUUGUUUUAAAGAAUGGGUUUGUCUGUAAAAAUCUGUAUAAACAGGUCACAGCUUAUCCAGGAGAGACUUCAUGCUGCAGUUACUUUUUCUUUCUAGGUAAAUCACAAAAUCAGUCAAUUUAAAGAAUGCUGCGGAAAUUACUUCUUAAUAAAAGCAUCUAAUCAUGAUAACUA